CCCCUCGCAUCUUGCUUCGUGAACACUCAGCAGUAAAAGGCGUGGCAUGUAGCACGGGCCGGCACUGUGUCUUGCUACAGCUCCUUUGCUCCAAUCCCACGCUCGCUAUUCCAAACAUCCCCAAAGCUCUUUUCCCCCAAGAGACGAAUAAUGCUACGCCUCCUCACGAGCUUCGCUGCCGUUGGCGCCGUGCUGCCGGCGGCCGAGGCCAUCAUCGUUGCGCCAAACUCGCCGUGCUCGGUCAACUGCGGCAACGUCCUGGACGCGACGACCCCCGCCGACGUUGUCUGCAAGACGGAUGAGUACACCGGCGGCUAUGACAAUGGAGCCGGCACCGUGUUCCAGGGCUGUGUCCAAUGCGAGCUGAACAGCGGGUAUGCCACCGACGGCAAUUAUACCGACAACAUGGCGGCACUCUAUAAUCUGCGGUAUGCCGUAUCAUACUGCGUCUUCAAUGAGCCGAAGCAUGAUGAUUACAUCAACAAUCCGUGUACCACGAGCAAGGCCUGUGGCGUCUUCGCCGAUGCUAUUGCGUACCAUAACUUGUCAGCCAAGUAUGACGACUUUGGUUACUGCGAUAUAUGGCCCGCGGGCGACACCGUCGACUUCAACGGCUGUAUACAGUGCCUCCAAGUGAAUGAUAAGUACUCGGCAAAUUUUGUUACUGCUCUCGAGGCUGGAUGUCAACAGAAGCCGGCCGCUGGAGAUAAACUGGGACUCCAGGGCAACCUCUUUUCAAGCAAUGUCGUCAACAUCACUACUCCCACACAAACGCCAGAAGUAAACCCAGCCUGGUUCGACCAUGGACCUUUGGGUCUGGGUGGAAAAGUUGGCAUCGCCGUGGGAGGAUUCAUUCUCCUACUCAUCCUCGCCGGUGCCGCCGUCAUCUGCAGAGGGAGGAGACGAAGAAAGGCAUUUCUCAAGAAGUUGCAGGUCAAUAUGCCACCGAUGGCUUCCAACCAUGGCGGCUGGCCGUCGAUGCCUAUGAGCCAUGACACUGGCGAAACGCCUGUUAGCCAGCGUCCUCUCCGGAACUGGGACGACUCCCCCGUGACCAUGAACACCGAGAAGAACUUCCCUCGAUACUUUUCGCCAUAUUCAUCUCAAUACACCAGUCCCGUCAGUGCGACAGACGUCAAUCACAUGGCGUGGCCAGAACCAGUUUUGGGCUCUCCUCGCGCGCUGCGGGAGAUUGGCCUCGCUCUUGGUUCGGCAGUUGAUGUUAACAACACAGCUAAUAACGGAGGCAGCGAGCGAUGGCCCUUGUCGCCUGAGGAUAAGGGCAAGAUGAAGGACGAAUCAUACGAAAUGCAGCACGUCGACAGUGCUGGCGGCAGCGGCAGCGUGGCUCCAGACAAGCGCGCUCUCCAAGUUGAAACUCCAAUUCUGGGGCAUCCCGGCUACGGGAGAAACUCUGAUAGCCCGCCCAGGCAUUAUGAUGUGAAUGGGCCCUCUGCAUAGGGGCCAGGGGUUUAUAUGACCAAAUAAUGCUCACGAAUUUACGAUCAUGUCCACGGGUUUUGCGGAGGCGGUUGAUGAUUCCUUGCUGUUUUAUUCUUUUCCCAGUGGUGUUUUGGAGCGAUUUAUAACACACAUGUAUAUAGUAUAUACCUCUUUUGUUGAUAUUGUAGCGCAAUGAGCGCAAUCUAGGGAGGAAAACCGGACAGAUAUACGGGAGGGAGGAUUGCUGGGGAUACCCAAACGCGCCUUGAUGGUGCCUGUUUCUUUGAACAUGCAAGACCAGUACAUUGGACUAUGUAUGGAAUAAAUAAGAAUAGAUAGUUGAAUAUUUUUUUUCUUGAAAAAAUGAG